AUGGCUGCCCCAACCAAAGCUGCUGCCUUUGUGACGUCGUCCCCGUGUUUUGCUGCCUUUCGUAGCGUAAAAGUGCUAUCGUCCUUGACUGAGAAUGCAUCGACAAAGUAUAUUGGUACCCACAACGGUACAUUCCACUGUGAUGAAGCAUUGGCUGUAUCAAUGUUGAAACUGCUGCCCAAAUUUGCAGCUCACGACGUGUUGCGUACACGCGAUGAGACCAAACUUGCCCAAUGUGAUGCUGUUGUGGACGUGGGUGGUGUCUAUGACCCGGAGACGCUUCGUUUUGACCACCAUCAGCGUAGUUUCACGGGCGCUUUUGACCAACGCGAUAUCAAAUUAUCAAGUGCUGGUCUCGUGUACAAGCACUUUGGUCGUGAGAUCAUUCAAGUGCUGGCGUAUCCUACUACACUGGACAAUGAGACAUUGGAUAUUCUGUAUCGAAAAGCAUACAAGAACUUUAUUGAGCACAUUGAUGGCAUUGAUAAUGGUGUUGAGGUGGCCAGUGCUGGUGAUGCAAAGCUCACGUACAAUUAUCAAGUGUCCACGAACCUCAGUAGCCGUGUAAGCUAUUUAAACCCUCGCUGGAAUGAAGAUCAGAGUGAACAGUCCAUGAAUGAACAGUUCCAGCAGGCCAUGUACAUGACAAUUACAGAGUUCACGGAUGCGAUCCAUGAUCUUGUGUACUCGUGGCUACCGGCCCGUGAAAUUGUUGAAAAAGCAGUGACGAACCGUUUUCAAACGCACAAGUCUGGUGAGAUUGUGUAUUUUCCAGAGUACUGCCCGUGGAAGUCGCAUUUGCAUGAUCUGGAAGAGAAAUUGCUGAUUCAAGGCCAAAUCAAGUUUGUGCUCUAUAAUGACGCAACGGGCAAGAUGACUCGCGUCCAGGCGUUAAACAUUGAGCCCGGCUCAUUUGCAUUGCGCAAGGGAUUAUUGCCAGCUUGGCGCAGUCUGCGCAAUGAAGAAUUGUCAAGCGUGUCUGGUAUUGAAGGAUGUACGUUUGUGCAUAAUGCCGGUUUCAUUGGUGGCAACCAAACAUAUGAAGGUGCACUUCUAAUGGCUAUCAAGUCUAUUGAAGCUGUAGAUGGCGAAGAGACCAAGUAA